UGAUCGUUCAGCAUCAUUCAUUUACUAUGGCAGCUAAAAUUCAAUUUCUCGUUUUGCUGUGUGUUUCGACGCUGUUCAUAAGCGGUUUCGCAGACACCAUCGAUGACGAAACAGACAAUGUACAGGACAUCAGCUCGCUAGUCGACAUUAUGUUGCCUACGGUUCGUGAAUACAUAGAGAAGAACGGAAUGGACCCCAUGGAAUUGGACAGCAUACAUAAGAACUUGCCAGGUUUACUCAUACGUAACAGAAGUAUUAGUUUAACGAACGGACAGCUUAAAGGGCUAUCGGGCAUAAAACGAAUAGGCGAAACUAUUUUAAUUUCCAACACUAAUGCUCAUACCGUGAUUGCCACGAUGGGAUUCGAUGUACUCGACGGUACCUAUGACUUCCUGCUGCAAGGUUUCCUCAUUAAGAAACAGGGUCAAAUAAAUGGACGCUUCGGCAACAUCGAGGCAAAAGUUGUCGCAGAUAUAAAUAUGGAUGACCACCGAGUUAUUCUACGUGCGGUCAACAUCGUCAAAAUCGAUGAAAUGUCCUUAACCUUCAAAGACGAUAUAAGCGAAUCUAUGGUAAACCUUAUAGUCAAACAUAUCACGAAUCAUUUCUCUCAUAUUGUUUUAUCCGCGCUGGAAAAGCAGUUAGUGAAUAUCUCACAACGGUACCUGAACAAACUGCUUGAUAAGCUUCCACUGUCGGAUGAAUUUAUAGCUGACAACAACAUUUCCAAAACAACUUUAGUCAACUUCCCAACAGGUGAUUUGACGUACAAUGCUGUACAAAAAUAUUGGCCCUCAUUAAUGAAGUUUCAUGUACACGUUUGUGUAAAAGUACCAACAAUAUGAUUUUUUGUUUAAUUUUCUUACAAAAUAUAAUUUCUAUGUCUAAAGUUUAAGUAUAUCUUAAGGGUGAAUUGUAAGAAGAAAUGUAAUGAAGUAAA